UUAAGACUUACUUUAAUAAGAAAACCCGGUUACAUUAGAAAAUCUUCAUCUUCAAGUUGAGUAAAAAAGUUUUCAUGUGAACGAGGUUUUUUGUUUGAACAUAAGUAAAACUGACGGAUUAUAAAUUUUCACAGACAUAUACCGAACAACAUUACUGAAAUGAUUUUUACAUUUCCCGAAGCUCACGUAAUUUUUUUACUUCAUUUUAUUAUCGCAGCGUUUGAAGCGAAAUCUUCUGAGAUUUUCUUGUUCUUCAAAUAAUUACAAGAUAAUGCAAUGCAAAGUGAAUUUCAUAAUGUUAAAAGUGAUGAAUUAAAAGCAUAUGAAAGUGUCGUAUGAAAGAACAGAAAAGUUGCGAAAGUUGCGAAAACGUAGAUUCAUAAUUUGGAUGUGAAACAAAAAAAAAAGAAGAGAAGAUAGCAGAAUAAGCGCCAAACUGCGUGAAUGGAAAAAGUCAAAAAGGCUGCGAUCGUAAAUAGACAAUUUACGAAGUGUGAAAUAGCGAACAGAAGUGGCGACAUUAGAACAGACAAAUCGAAGAUGAUCACGCACGUUGACAUGAAUGACUACUCACUACGUUCAUUUUGAACAGAUGAUCGUUGCAUCUUGUGUGCUUAAACAUCAACAAACAAUGAGAAGUAGACUUCUAUAUUGAUGUUUGCGAAUCAAUAUGUGCGAACCAAAGACCGCUGCCUACAAUGUCAGACUUAGAUCCAUCAUUAAAGGCGGGUGAAAAAUAUUUCCCAUUGGCGUUACCCAAAUUCGAAUAACAAUGUUUAAUUACUGUGAUCCCAAAGAAAUUUUGAAAAAGUUAUGUAUAAUAGUUCUUCGAAUGUCUUAAUUACUGAGUUCGGCAACAAAAAUUGCAAAAAAGCAGGAAAAAAAUUGGGCGAUACAUCAUAAAUGAAAAUAAAAACCGGAUGACUCUCAUUGGAUAGAAUCUUAUUAGAGGUACAAUUGGCAAGUGAACGAAACCUUUCGGUUUAGUGUGUGAUUAGAUUUCGUGAGAUCAAGAGCAAGGCAAACACAUUUCCAUUGAAUUCUGCAUAAUUUCAGAAGGUGGUUAUUUGAAAUGUGCAUAUUUAGCCUUAAUAGCACGAGAUAUAAUUUAAUUCCACAAAAAGGGUCAGAAACCCAUGGAAUACCAUAAUUGGAUUUCAGGUCAUUAGUUAAUUGGAAACAUUGUUUGGUAAUAUUUUCAAUGUGAGCAGAAGGAGAAAGUUUCGAGCGUAGACCAAGCGAAAAAAAUUUUUUUUGCUCUUCUGUACCCUAGAUUACUUGAUUAUCUAAACGUAACUAAUAACUAUAAAUAAAUAAAUGAAUGGAAUGUAAUAUUUGUGUAGACAUACUGCUGAGCACCUCAUUUUUAAAUAUCACAGAUUUCUUAACAAGGGAGUGUCUCCUUAAAGCAAAAACAAAAUUAUCAUCUUGGGUAUUUAAUUUUUUUUGUUAAAAAGGCAAAUUUGUUUUUUUAAUUUACGAUAACUUUUUAUCUCAAUUUUUAGGUGGCUCUCCCAAAUUAGUCUUAUUUCAGCCAAAGAAUGCAACUUUAAUUUUACAUCACUAUUUAUCUAGACCUUUACAGGCUUCUAAUACACUCAACUUGUUGGCUUACUUACAUAAAGGCCCCAGCGUGUUUUCUUAAUAUUUAGAAAUAUAUAUGCUGCAAAUAAUCGUCGAGUUAAGUAAUUAUUUAUAACGUGAAUAUAUAUAAACCAUUUUGGCUUAGUUCAUCUAAAAUCAAUAUCCAAAAGAAAUAAAAAUAAAAUAUUAAGACCUGCACGUCACACAGUUUGUGUACAGCUGAUUAGCGAUUGCCGUUAAGACAUCCCUUAUUAAGGCUCUUUGACAUAACAGUUAACAAUUUGUAUGAAAAGACAAUAACCUUAAAAAACGUUAUGCUGUCGUACAAAGUUAUUAGCUUUCUAUACUUUUCAACAUAUUUAAAUGCAAAAUGCAUUUGGUGUGCUUCUACCAUGCAAGAAAAGAGUUUAGAUGGUAAACUUUUACCCAAACCGGCCACAUUUCAUUUUCCCGAAUACGCCUACAAAGAGACCAGCAAAAAUGAAAUAACUUAUCAUGAAUUUGAAGUAAACUGUGAACAUCAUACCAAUUGUGAAAGUUUAGAUGGUGCCGAGCGCAAGGCAUGCGUUAGACGUUGUAUAUCAUUUUCUUGUUAUCAAGAUAUCUACGCCUUCGAUGAGCUCGAAGAAGGUGAAAUUGACGUGCGUUUAAAUUCAUUUAAAGGUUGUGUUAUUCAAAGGACCGGCAAUACGAAUCGUCGCGCCACCUAGCAUAGGGGACCUCGCUUGCAAAUCGAUGAAUUCCUUCAUGAGUUACACUGGAAAUUCUCAAAUUUAUUAAAGCACUUCACCUAGGAAGCAUUAUUAAUUG